UGCUUUUCUGCCCGGCAAGCCUAGCGACCCUCCUAAAAAAAUUAGUACAGCAUCAAUUGACAUAUAGAUAGAUUGUAUUUUUUUUUUUUUAUACUGCAGCAGAAGAGCUCAUUAUAUUUUGAUGUGAAUACAUCAAAAAAAGAAAUAGAAAACAAAACAUCUCGCUGAAGGUGUUUCUAAAAGCGCUUCUCAACUCAAACCAAUUCCUCCAUGUCACAUGCCACUUUUUGUCCUUCUUGGCUGUCUCGCUACUUAUUCUUAAUCCCUUCCUUUUAGUUUCCCGGCGAACCUUUACCUUUCUUGUCUGUGAUAUCCAAUCCCCAUUUUGAGCUAAUUAAGGUAUCUACUACCUCUGUAAAUAACCCCGGCUCCUUCGCCUCUCUUCUCGUUCAUUCGUUUUCCUUCUUCGCACAAUUCCAAAGAAAAAGCAAGGCAAAGAAAAGAAGAAAAAAAAAAGGAAAAGGAAAGGAGGAGGGAUACAGCCGGACGGAGAAGAAACGGAGAGCGAGAAAGAAACAGGCAUCCAUCUCCCGAUCUCCGACGAAGGAGACCGGGAGAAGGUAGGAAAAAAGCGAGUGUUGAUAUCAAUGGCGAGAUCAGGAGGGGAAGUGGGCGACAAUUAUGCGAGACAGCCUCUGCUUCCCCGGAAGGCGUCGUACACGCGGAGCCUCUCCCACGCCGGCGACGAGCUCAAGAGCUUCCGCUCGUGCCUCCGGUGGCUCUGCGUCGACCAGUCCGACACCCCACGCGCCGUCGUCUCCUGGUCCCUCUUCUUCCUCCUCGGCCUCUUCGUCCCCGCCGCUUCCCACUUCCUGCUGAUCUACUCCCCUGCCCGCCGCCCUUACGACCUAGCCGUCCAGCUAUCAUUAACGGCGGUCUCCGCCCUCUCCUACCUCUGCCUCUCCGCCUUCCACCGCCGCUACGGCCUCCGCCGCUUCCUCUUCCUCGACAAGCUCGUUGGCGAGAGCGAGCGCGUCCGCCUCGGCUACACCAUCCAGCUCAACAGCUCCUUCCGCCUCCUCGCCUUGUUCCUCAUGCCCUCCUUCGCCGGCGACGUCGCCUACAAGGUCUGGUGGCACGCCACCGGCGCCGGCCGCCUGCCGGAGUAUUUGUUGUUCUUCGGCUGGAGGGGCGCCGCGUGGGUGAGCGAGGCGGCGGCCUGCGGGCUGGAAUUGGCCUCGUGGGUAUACCGGAUGGCGAUAUUCUUCCUGAUCUGCGUGCUGUUCAGGCUGAUUUGUUAUCUUCAGAUACUGAGGCUGCAGGACUUCGCGGCGAUCUUUCGAGAGGAGUCGGAUGUCGCCACGGUGCUGAGGGAGCAUCUGAGGAUAAGGAAGCAGCUACGGAUUAUUAGUCACCGGUACAGGGCGUUUAUUCUUUCCUGCCUUGUUCUGGUGUCCGCCGGCAACUUCGCGUCGCUGCUGCUCACCACCGGCCACCACCAUACCGAGGUCAACAUCGCCAACGCCGGCGAGCUCGCCCUCUGCUCAAUCGGGCUUAUGACUGGACUGCUCAUAUGCCUACGUAGUGCUGCGAAGAUAACUCAUAAGGCCCAAGCAAUUACAAGUCAUGCUGCAACAUGGCACGUUCUUGCUACCAUUGAAUCCUUCGAUGCAGACACUGAGGAGCCCACUUCAGAAACAUCUGCAAAUGCCUAUCCAUUAAGCAAUUCCACGGCCGAGUCAGAUGAAGAGGCUAGGGAUGAAGAUGAGUUGGAUGACAUGAAGCUCAUGCCAUCUCAUGUCAACACCAUUUCCUUUCAAAAAAGGCAGGCACUAGUGACAUAUUUAGAGAACAACAGAGCAGGGAUCACUGUAUUCGGGUUCGUGGUGGACAGGUCUUGGCUACAUGGCCUAUUUAUGAUUGAAUUCUCUCUUAUACUGUGGCUGUUGGGCAAGACAAUUGGAAUCUCUUAGGGCCACUAUUGUCUCCAUUUUCUUGUUCGAUUCAUUCUUUUGGAUAUAGAUUCUCACCCUCCUAGUGUAAAAGAAAAGAGUACUGAUUUAUGAUAUACGAAAGCAAUGGCAGAGGUGUUCAAGUGCAAUGAGUUAUGUGGUCUACAGUAUCAUGUAAUUUUUUCUCAACUAUUUCCCAAGGAGUGGCAUUUGCUCCUAGUGUCUUAUAUUUUGUUUAUUGAUUUCGUAGAUUAUAUCUCGAAUCACUCGCGACACAUGUUGUAAAACUAGCUAGCAGCUUUGAGUAAUUUCUAGCAUGAACUGCAAAUCCUGUAAGAUUGGAAUCAGUGAAUCUGUCUUGAGGUGCCUCCAAUACUGCCACAGAUGAUAUCUACUGCUGUGCCAAAUGCAUCAAAAUUAUCUGGUAC